AUGACCUUUGCCUGUGCCUUGCGUCUCUGGGCCUCGGUUUCUUCCACAACCCAGGUGGGGCUAGAAGCUUAUAAAUUCAGGUACUUUGGUGCCUGUCCCCUUCUUCUGGCAUCCGAACUCCUGGAGAUGCUGCUGGAGGAUCUGAAGGGGAUUUCAACUGAGCCCUGGUCCCUCCUCAACAAUGUGGCUUUUCUCACCUUCUUCCUGCUGGCGUCUGCAGCCCAGGAUGGUGACAAGCUGUUGGAAGGUGAGGAGUGUGUGCCCCACUCCCAGCCAUGGCAAGUGGCCCUCUUCGAGCAUGGACGCUUCAACUGUGGGGCCUCCCUCAUCUCACCACGCUGGGUGCUGUCUGCUGCACACUGCCAAACCCGCUUCAUGAAAGUACACCUAGGUGAGCACAACCUGCGCAAGCGCGAUGGCCCAGAGCAACUGCGGUCUGUAUCUCGCGUCAUCCCCCAUCCACGCUAUGAGGCGCGCAGCCACCGCCAUGAUGUCAUGUUGCUUCAGCUAGCGCGGCCUGUGCACCUGACCCCCCAGGUGCGCCCCGUGGCUCUGCCUACGCGCUGUCCCCGCCCUGGCGAGGCCUGUGUGGUAUCUGGCUGGGGCCUGGUAUCAGACAAUGAGCCCGGGACCACAGGAAGCCCCACGUCACAAGUGAAUCUCCCAGACACACUGCAUUGUGCCAACAUCAGCAUUAUCUCCGAUGCAUCCUGUGACAAGGACUACCCAGGACGCAUAGGGAACACCAUGGUGUGUGCAGGAGUCCAGGGAGGAGGCACCGACUCCUGUGAGGGUGACUCUGGGGGACCUCUGGUCUGUAAGGGUGCCCUGCAGGGAAUUGUGUCCUGGGGUGAUGUCCCUUGUGACACCACCACCAAGCCUGGUGUCUACACCAAAGUCUGCCACUACUUGGAGUGGAUCAGGGAGACCAUGAAGAGCAACUGCAUGUGGUUCCUGCUUCUGUGCCUUGCCCUGUCCCUGGGGGGGACUGGUGCUGCUCCCCCGAUCCAGUCUCGAAUCAUUGGAGGCUCAGAGUGUCAGAGGAACUCCCACCCCUGGCAGGCAGCUGUGUACCAUUACAGCAAUUUCCAGUGUGGGGGCGUCCUGGUGGGCACCCAUUGGGUACUCACAGCUGCCCACUGCAAAAGCGACAAUUACCAACUCUGGCUGGGUCGCCACAAUCUGUUUGAUGAUGAAACCGAAGCUCAGUACGUCCAAGUCAGUGAUGACUUCCCACACCCAAGCUUCAACUUGAGCCUCCUGAAGAACAACACCCGCCACCCAGACGAGGACUACAGCCAUGAUCUGAUGCUGCUCCGACUGAAGCAUCCCGCUCAGAUCACAGACUCCGUGAAGCUCCUGGAUCUCCCCACCAAGGAACCAGUGGAGGGCAGCACCUGCCUUACAUCAGGCUGGGGCAGCACUGAACCAGAAAAAUUCCAGUUCCCAGAUGAUAUCCAGUGUGUAGAUCAGACACUCCUGGCUAAUGAAGUGUGUGACAAAGCCCACCCCCAGAAGGUGACAGAAUUUAUGCUGUGUGCUGGGCACUUGGAAGGUGGUAAAGACACCUGUGUGGGUGACUCAGGGGGCCCACUGAUCUGCGAUGGAAUAUUUCAGGGGAUCACAUCCUGGGGCCACAUCCCAUGUGGCAGCCCCAACAAGCCUGCCGUCUACACCAAAGUCUUUGAGUAUUUGCAGUGGAUAAAGGAUACUAUGGAGGCCCACCCUUGA